GUAGCGGACUGUUGGUCGUGAUCUAAGUUUCGUUUAAAACCACGGCCACGACAACGGGGCUCACGGAUCACGGAUUCCGUUGAGGCAGAUAGCGAGACAUCUCCAGCGUAGACGCUCCGUAGAACGCUUGCAAACCCAUACCCCAGUUUCCAAAACACGGUUUCGAGGCCACAGGAAGUCGUAAAAAUUUGGAAUCAAGAGAAAAGCGCGAUGGAACAAAUAAUAAGAAAUCUCCUGGUGGCGGACAAUGAUCUCAUCCAGCAGGCUUCGGCGGAUUUGAAAGAAGCUUUCAAAAAGCCGGAAACGAUUCCGCAACUUUGCGAAAUCUGCGUCACUAAUAAGGAUCCACAGGUGCGGCAGUAUGCCGCAAUGCUGCUCAAGAAGCAUUUGGGGAAGCUGCGUGCGUGGCGAGAGAUCCCUACUGAAACGCAGGCCCUAAUCAAGAAGGGCAUGAUGGAGGCCAUUGUGAACGAGUCGGAAAAGUCGGUCCGUAAUGCCAUUACCUGUUUUGUGGGUGUGCUGGUGAAACACGAGGCCGACAAAGACGACGGCUGGAUGGCGGAAGUGUUGGAGUUUAUCUUCGUCGGCACGAGUUCGAGCGAUCCGAAGAUGAGCGAGCUGGCCUCGUCCGUGUUUGCCACGCUCACCGACGUGGCCCCGGAUCAGUUCGUACCGCACAUGGACACCGUGUGUCGGCUGUUCUCCUCGGCCCUCGUUGCGAUGGAGGCGAGUGGUAACAUGGCCACACCGGUCAUGUACAAUGUACUGCUCGGCAUGUCACACCUCGUGCUAUACAUUGCUGGUCGCGAGGAGGUGGAACGCACGUACGAGGAAUCGAUACCGUACGUGGUGCGCGCAUUGGCCGCGUUUGCUGAGCAUGAUUCGUUCCAGUUUAUCGAAGCGUUCGAUCUACUGGAGAACUUGGCGGAUGAAUCGCCCCGCACGCUGACCACGCACCUGAAGCUGUUGAUCGACUUUUGCUUGCAGCUGUCCGCUAACACACAGCUCGAAGAUUCGGUGCGCGUGAAAACGAUCACGUACGUCGGUUGGCUGGUGCGGUUGAAGAAAAAGAUGAUCAUCAAGCAGAAACUGGUGGAACCGAUCGUGGUGGCACUGUUCCGUUUGAUGAGUGUGGCACCGGAUGUCGAAGAUGAAGAUGAGGAGUAUUUUGGUAGCAACGAGGUGUCGACACCCAGCACUUGUGCGACGCAAUCGUUAGACGUGCUGGCGUUGCACAUCCCCCCGAAGCAGCUGAUUCCGCCACUUAUGGCCUUGCUUGAUCCAGCAUUGAGUGGAACGGAUCCGCUCGCAAAGAAGGCCGCCUAUCUUUCGAUUGCGGUCAUUGCCGAAGGUUGCUCGGAGCACAUCUGCAGCAAAUAUUUACGUGUUUUGCUGGACGUGAUCAAGAACGGCAUUACUGACCCGAACGUGAUGAUUCGCAACGCGGCCUUGUUUGCGCUCGGGCAGUUCUCCGAGCACCUGCAGCCGGAGAUUUCGCAGCACGCCGAAGAGAUACUGCCGAUACUGUUCGAGUUUUUGCAGCAACUGUGCCUUCAGAUACGUUCCGGUGGGAAGGAGCCACAGCAUAUCGAUCGCGUGUUUUACGCGCUCGAAACUUUCUGUGAGAAUCUCGAGGAACAACUGAUACCUCACCUGCCGGUACUGAUGGAACGGCUGUUUGAGUCGCUCGACACGCGCAACACCGUCCACCUUCGGGAGCUUUCGCUGACGGCGAUCGCUGCCACGGCGAACGCGGCCAAAGAAAACAUGCUACCGUACUUUCCGCGGCUUAUCGACUGCCUCAAGUUGUAUCUAGUGAAAUCGGACGACGAGGACAUUUGCACACUACGCCCGCAAGCGAUCGACACGUUUGCGGCACUCGUCCGCACCAUCGGGAAAGAUAACUUUUUGCCUCUGGCCGUCGAUACGCUUAAUCUGGGCCUGACGAUGCUGGACGGGUGCAGUGAUCCGGAUUUGCGGCGCAGUUGCUACAAUCUGUUCGCCUCGAUGGCAUCGUCGGUGAAGGAAGAUAUGGCGGGGUCGUUGACGAAGAUCGUCGAAGCGAUGCUGGAGAGUGUUCGCAGCACAGAAGGCAUCGUGCCAACGUUCAAGGACGGAGGCGACGACCUGCUUCUGCCGAAUGGGGCAUCCGGUGCGAACGGAGAUGAUGACGAUGAUCAGGAGUACGACAUCGAAAAUUCAACAGAAGGAGGCGAUGAGGAGGAGGAUGACGACAUUGCCGGGUAUAGUAUCGAAAAUGCGUACAUGGACGAAAAGGAGGAAGCAAUUCUGGCGCUAAUGGAGUUCGCCGAGCAUACGGGACCCGCCUUUGCCCCAUUCAUCCAGACCGCUUUCGAGGAGAUCUACAAGUUGAUCAAUUACCCGAAUGAGGACAUCCGGAAGGCUUCGAUCGAUGCCGUGAAGCAAUUCGUGAUUGCGUUACACCAGCUUGGCAACACUGAGGGCGUUAAUCAGACUAUCCUGAUUCUAAUUCCGAAGCUAAGCGAAAUCAUCCGCACGGAUGAGGAGCGCACGGUGGUGAUGUCGGCAUUGGAUGCAUUCAACGAUAUUCUGGAGGAGGUCGGAGCGGCUACCUUUACGGCCGAUGGCCAGAAAGAUGCCGUAUUUAACUGCAUCGUCGACGUUCUGAACGGAAAGGUCGCGUGCCAGUUCGACGAACCCGUCGACGAGGAGCAGGAAGAGAGUGAAUACGACGAAGCGAUCUUGGAGUCGGCCGGUGAUAUUCUGCCAAAGUUUGGUCGCGCCUUGCCACCGGAAGAGUUUGCCGUGUACUUUGGUCGCGUGUGGCCAUACUUUAUGCAGAAAAUUGAAAAAUCAAAACAAAAAGACGAAACAUCUGACUCACAGCGUGCCUUCGCCAUCGGUGUGCUGGCCGAGUGCUUCCAGGGUCUCAAGGAGUACACGCGCAACUGGUUCGACGCUCUGCUACCGAUCUUCUUGUCCUGCGUGCAGGAUCGCAACAAUGACGUGCGGAGUAACACAGUGUACGGACUGGGUGAGAUGGUUCUGCAUGGUAAUGAGUGCACCUUUGGGCAUUACCCACAAAUUAUGGCCGCUCUGUCCCAGCUCGUUUCGAAAGAACAACAUGCCGGCACCCUGGACAAUCUGUGCGGGGCGCUUGCACGACUCAUCACUACCAAUUGUAGUUUGGUUCCGCUGAAAAAUGUUCUCCCGGUAUUUGUGCAGUACCUGCCAUUGCGAGAAGAUUUUACUGAAAAUCUGGCCGUCUUCCGGUCGCUAGAUUUGCUCUACCGUCAGGGUGACGAGAACCUGAUACCGCUGUUGAGUCGCGUCCUAAUCGUCGGGCUGCAGGUCCUGUACAAGAAGGAACACCACAACGAGGAAAGUCGCGAACUGGUACUUAAUCUGGUGAAGCAGAUUAGCAAAGAUUUCCCGGACAAGUUCAGCGAGGUGGUACGUAGCGACGCCGAGAUUGCAGGCUUCGUGCAAACGUUGAUGCUGCAGUAGAAAUUAGCGAAGGCCCAUUUCGUGCGCAAAUUGUUUGUAUCGUACAUCAAUCCAUAUCUGCUGUAUAAUACAUGCAUGAAACGGGACAGCGCUAAGUGAAGCGAUAAAGGAAUAGACGCGGAACCUUUGCGAAGGGAAACGAAACCAACGAACGGAAUUCGACGAAGGACUCACAAGCUCAGCAUAGCUGAAAGUGUAAAGUAGCAACAGAAGAAAGAUAGCAAAUGCGGAAAAGAUGUGUAGCUAGCAGAGAAAGUUAAUGUGUGGAACCGGUUCAUGAUUGGAUUCAUUGCGACCCGCGAACUACCACCACCAAAUUGGUUUUACCCGCCGCGGACGAUAGCGAUCAGUAGACAAAGUGUUCACGUUUGUUGUUAUUGUCAUAAUGUCAUCACAGAAACCGAUCCACCCGUUUGCUCACCGGCCACAAAUACCGUGUUGCAACGUGUUAUACUCUACACCUCUUUCGAUAUGUUAUGAUAACCGAAAUUUAAAAGUGAUUGAUACCGCCGUAAAGCAGUCCGGCACACUCUCUAGAAGUAGAUGGAUGCUCCAGUCCGGUUCCCAACAACCGUUGUUGGAUGUACUAUUUUACAAUUACUAUAAAUACAUACAAAACUCUCGCCGUUUCACAGUGCUACACUUAUCAACUAAUCAACCACAUUGUCCCUUCGCGAUCGACUUUAGUUACUCGUUUUCAGUUUGGUUGAACAAAACCGGAUGUCGUAGGGUUCCUGGACGAUAACCGCAAGGCCAUGCCUUUCACUGUUCACUGUGUAUCGUAUGAAUCAGUUAGUUAUAGUGCCAAAAAGGAAAACAAUAGCAACGAUGCGUUUUGAACAAUAGGGAAGCUUCCUGUUAAAAACAGGUUUGGCUCAAAUGCUUUGUUCCGUUACAUUCUGUGCUGGGCCGCAGGUAUGAGAUUUUUUUCGUUCCUUGCACAUCAUUAGCGUUAUAAUUUAUUUCUAUUAUCCGCGUGUGGGAGUGCACAUGUACAUGUACGUAUCGUCUGUGAAAGGAAGUUUCUUAUGAUUGGAGCUUAUAUUAAAAUUUUAUUAUAAAACCCAACCCUAGUUUUGUUUGAAAACUAUAGAUUUAUUUUGUUUCCAAAAACAGAACAUGUUUCGAACCUUCCGUUGACGAUCGAGAAAAGGAGAAAACACGAACACUUCACAAAGUCGCAUUUAUUAUACAUCCAUGAUCCGUGGCUUUUAUAGUGGGUUAAAAAGUGCAGGUCGUAAAGAUGUGUAGAAAAUGUAGAAGCAAAGCCCUCCUAGAUGCGAUUUCUCUUCAUACUGUAAGCGCAAACAAAUCGCCGAAUUUAUAAUGCCACUUUGCAAUGGUACCAGAGUAAGCAAUGAUGGAACAGCAUCGUAGCAAUACCAUUCGCCGGCAGCAAACCUGUAGUCACCCAUCGACCUAGUCAACGCAAAAAAAGAAGUCAUGCUCAAAGAAAGUCUAUGUAAUUAUCGUUGGCUUGGCGGUGGAACAGAUUUCAACCACGUGUUGCCGACGCAACCACUAAAUGCGACCGUUAUAUGGCGCCGUUAGGUACACUGAUAAGUGUUUAACAUUUUAUUAUAUUCACUACUAAUAUUAUUUACAACCACUUACUGUUCACAACUGUGCACAAAGUGAACGUGAUAGUGUAUGUGGAAUUUUAUGUGCUUUUUUUUGCUACUUUCACGAUGACAAUACAUAUCGAAGGUGUUCGAUGUACACUAUGGCGGGC